AUGGAUAUUACUGAUAUUAGUGAUUACAUUACUUGUAGAAAAUGUAAAAAUGUCUUUGUAUUUCCUAAAAUUUUGAAGUGCAGUCACACAUUUUGUGUGAAUUGUUUAAAUAAAUUGCUCCAAGAAUGCAAAAAAGAUGACGACGAGCGUGGAGUGUUUAGUAGUAGUGAAAUCAGAAAAAUUUCCUGCCCAACUUGUAAAAAAAACAUUAAAUUGGGUAAAAAUGCAACAGUUAACGACUUGAAACCCAACUAUUUCAUAGAGGAGUUAAUCUCAGUAAAGCGUAACCUACCGACAGACGUAAAAAUAUAUAAAAUUCGUCAUGAAGCUGACGAUAUAACCGUAGAAGCUGCGCCUCUGGUGAUUGAAAAAUAUUUGAGAAGAGUUGAUGAACGUUUGAAGAUGCUGAAAGAUGAUGGCGGGUUGCUGCAGCAGAGAUUUACUGUCUUCAUGAGAGAUUUAGAAUGCGGACACUUCACAGCUAAUCCACCCACAUAUACUGAUCCUAUUCAUAUUUCAGUGAACUUUUUAGUUGAUGUAGUUGUAAAAAUUAAACUUGUUAUAUUUGCAGAGUUCACCAAUGAAAAGGAUCUCAUUGGAAGCGUUCAUCAAAACGCUGAAAUUUACAAAGACAAAUUCGGGACACAAAAAAUUUUGAACAGAAUAACGAAAAUAGAAAUUAAAAGUAUGGAAGAAUCACUAAACGAUUGUUGCUUAUACAAGAAUUACGUGCAUUUCAUCAAGAACAUCCAACCACAAUUUGAAGAAUUUUUCGCACAGCUCAGUCACGGAACUAGAAAUGUCACCUUUCCAAAGUUAAAAUGCGUCGGUAGGAAGGCAGAUUUCGGAAAAUUGAAACUUGUUUUUCCAAGCGACAAAUAUAAAGUGACGUUCAGAAACGAGACAAAAAUCGUUAAAGUCAUAAAAACGUGUGCGAAACCACGAACCAUAGCAUACAGGUCGAACAGAAAUCAACUCUUCGUACUGCUCAGUAACUCAAGCAAGACGGAGAUAUUAAUUUACAAAUGUUCCAACUACGCAAAACUUGACAUGGUUGUGGAAAUGAAUCAAGUUCAGAACGCUAAUGACGCAGUUGUGGUCGAUAAUUUUCUGUUCAUCAGCUCUAGAACGGAACAGUUCCUAUAUAAAGUCGACUGCUCUGUAAUAGAUGCUGAACUCAUGAAACCAAAUCCCAGAAAGAGGAUUGAAAUCUACCAAACUUCCGGUUGGAUCAUUCCCAGUUACAACGACGGACUAACAAAAACGGACGAAAAAACUCUCCUCAUAUCUUGCAACCAGACGAACGAAAUCAUAGAAUCCGGUUUAACAAGCUGUUGCAUGCGUCGAGUUAAACUCUCGCAUCGCUCGAUAACGAAUCCCAAACAGGCCUUUAAAAUCCCGGAUAGUUUGAAAUCCCGCUAUGAGUUUUACUCUCCGGAUAGUUACAAUAAAUUCGGCAAUAAUACUGGCGAACAGAUUGAAACUGACUCGCGAGUGAGAAAGCGAAAUAAAUACAGUGAUUACUACGUCGUCAGUGUCGCUGGAGCGCUGCACAAAUGCUUGAUCGUAAACUCAGUCGGUGACGUCAUUGUGGAAACUUCACCGGAAGUUAAUUUCAAAUAUCCUGUGUCUUUGGCCUGCCACCACAGGAACAAGAAUGGAGAUGUAAUGGAGAUGGCGAACGGUGAAGAUUUGGAAAUAAUCGUUUGCGAUCGGAUGAAGAACAGACUGUGGUUGUUUGAUAUGGAUUUAAAUCCUGUAAAACUAAUCACCCCACUGUUUGUGGAUAAUGAGAAUGGAGAUGAAGAUGGGCAUAAAGAUGGCGGUGCUGCUGUUACGCAAGCAGCGAGCCAGUUUCAAACGGAUAUUAACAAUUUUUAUAAAUUUAAAAGUCUGCUCAAAGUGCUGUUAAUAAAAAAUGAUGAUGAUGAUGAUGAUUGUGACGAUGGUGACGAUGACGAUGAACUGUCACUGGCCGUUGUGGACGAGGACAACUAUUCUGUUGUUAUCGUUAAACCGCUUGACGGCAAAAGUUAA